GCUACAUGGUGAGAGUAGUUCUGCUGAUCUUGAAGCUAUUGAUCUGAAUCUUCCUAAUAUUAUUUGUACAACCAAUAAAUAUGCCCUGCAUGAUAUUUAUAAUAUGGAUGAGACAGGUUUGUUUUAUACUAUGGCUUCUGAUUGUACUAUUGCAUCUUGCCAAAUUAAAGAAGCAAAAAAAGAUUGUAUAUGA